UGUAGAAUUAAUUUUCCUUCUUAUUCUUAGAUCUACUGAUUCCGAAAAAAAAAAAAAAAAAAAGUAACGUUCCGAAAGUGACUCGAUUUCUAGGCAUAGCAGAUAGGCAGGCUUAAUGUUCCUUUUGUUUGCAAGAGGGAUGCUGUUAACAGUAAACAAGUGUUGGUGUAUGGAUUGAUCUAGAUGAUAAUAAAUAUUUCUACGCAAAAACAUUUGGAUAUUUACUAAAUUUAGUGCAAUGCAGCAUGCUGUAAGUGCCUGACUUUCCCUUUUUGAGUCAUUUGUUUCCUUCUCUCUGGACUUGAGGAAGUAAAACCUGAGUGCUGACUGCCAGGCUGACAGCAUAUAAUAGCUUGGCAAUUUAUCUAUUGUUGUCAUCUUCAUUUCAUUUGUAACUACAGGUUGGACACGAUCACAUUUUGUAAUUUCAAUGAGACUACUACUGGAUGAAGUAGAAUGGCACAACCCUCUGUAGAGGGCGGCACUCCUAAGUUGAAGGUGAAGAAAGUCACAAUGUUAAAUGUUAGCCGAGCAGAAUCAUCCAGAAAAAGUUCACUAGAUGGAGACACAGGAGAUGGGUCCAGUCGGAAAGUUCAGCUGUGUGAUCCUGCAUUGGACACACCAGAAUCUUUGGAGCGUAAAAUGUACAAGCAACAAAGUGGAAGUAAAACUCAUGUGUCUGGCAGCAAGUUGUCCAAGAGAGAGUCACUCAAAGAGAAGAAGAAAAGUUAUCGAAGUCAGAAGAAGGAAGUGGCCAGAGAAAUCAUGAACUCAGCCUCAGACCAGUCCUUUGUGUUGAUGGCUGACUGGCUCAAAGUCAGAGGGACACUGAAAGGCUGGAGCAAGUUGUGGUGUGUCUGUAAGCCGGCGAUGUUAAUUAUAUAUAAAAGUGAGAAGAUGAAGACAGGCCACUGGGUGGGUACAAUCCUUCUGAAUACUUGUCACCUCUUGCAGCGGCCAUCCAAGAAAGAAGGUUUUUGUUUCAAGCUUUUUCACCCACUGGAUCAGUCCAUCUGGGCUACAAAAGGUCCAAAGGGAGAAACAAUAGGAGCAUUUGUACAGCCACUUCCAAUGUCCUAUGCCAUCUUUCGAGCUCCUUCAGAGAAUCAAGGUAAAUGUUGGAUGGAUGGACUCGAGCUAGCACUACGCUGCACUAGCCUGAUUAAGAGAACAACCUCCAGGCCAAAUGACAUCACCAAUGAUCUGUCUGUGGCUCUCUCCCCUGAGUUGUCUCACAGCCUGGCCACUGAUCUGUCCAGCACUCUGGCCUCAGAUCUCAACUCUAGCCUGGCUGAUGAUACUGAAGAGGCUGUGGAAGAGUCAGAGGACAUAGUAGAACACUUUAGUGAUGAUGAUGAUCACUCCAGUAUGGGUUUAAGUGAGUCAGACUUUGAACUGGCAGAAGAAGAGAAAAGGCCUCAAGCUGUUCCUAAAGUGGAGGAGACUGUCUAUGUAUCCAAUGAAGUGGAAGAACUUGGACAGCAAGGUGAUGCCUGCCAGACAGAAGAGGUGGAUGAAGAAAACAAAAGUUUGAUAUGGACAUUAGUGAAACAGGUGAGACCAGGUAUGGAUUUAUCUAAGGUUGUGCUUCCAACAUUUAUUUUGGAGCCCAGAUCUUUUUUGGAUAAGCUCACUGAUUAUUACUACCAUGCUGACAUUUUAUCAGAAGCUGUACAACAAGAGACAGCUCUGGAGAGAAUGAAGAUGGUAGUCAGGUGGUACUUGUCUGGGUUUUACAAGAAACCAAAAGGUCUCAAAAAACCUUACAAUCCAAUCAUUGGAGAGACACUCAGGUGUUACUGGUUUCACCCAAAGACUAAAAGUAGAACCUUCUAUGUGGCAGAACAAAUAUCUCAUCAUCCUCCCAUCUCUGCUUUCCAUGUAACCAACAGACAUGAUGGCUUUAAUAUUAAUGGAUGUAUUCUUGCCAAGUCUAAAUUUUAUGGCAAUUCCAUCUCAGCCAUCUUAGAAGGUGUAGCGACUUUAACCUUCUUGGAACGUGGUGAGGACUACCUGAUGACCAUGCCCUACGCUCAUUGCAAAGGCAUUCUUCUGGGCACACUCACAAUGGAAAUGGGUGGAAAGGUAUCCAUUGACUGUCCUAAAACUGGAUACCAUUGUGAUCUGGAUUUUAAGCUAAAGCCAUUUUUCGGUAAUGGAGAGUCUGCCAACAGGAUCACAGGUCGCAUCACCAUGGGCCAGGAGGUGCUCUGUACAUUUGAAGGGCACUGGGAUCAACAGAUUUAUAUCAAGGAGCUCACCAACAGGGAAAAAGUUGUGUUUUGGGACCCAUCUCCAGAGACAAGAAAUAAACGUCUAACUAGAUACACAGUACCUAUUGACUUUCAGCUAGAUAAUGAAUCUGAAAGGUUGUGGCGUUAUGUGAGUGCUGCUGUGAUAGACCAAGACAUGCACGCUGCCACAGAGGAGAAACACAAGCUGGAAGAGAUCCAAAGAAGCGAAGCAAAGGAAAGAUAUAAGGCCAAUGCUCAGUGGGUGCCCAAGUGGUUCUGUCUGGACCCUGCCACCAACAAGUGGCUGUACAAGCAUGUUGAUGCCAGGCCAUGGGAUCCAAUGACAGAUUGUGUCCAGUAUGAGAAAGAUUAUGUCAUACAGACUCAGACUGUGCACAACAUACCACAAGUCUGGCACGGUCCAUCUUGUUUGACUGGCAGAUUGAAGGCAUUCAACAGACAUUCGGCUCUUGUCACAGAUGACAGCUACUCGUCUGAUAAUAAUGCAGCAGAAUCUGAUGACGCUCGGUGUAGAAACACAAACAGGAAGUCAAGCCCAUCUGAUCAAAUGAGCAGCUCGGAAGCCUCCCACGUCAACCGCCAGGCAGGUCCUAGCUCAGAUCAGCGAAGGUCUAAUGUAUCCCUUUCCACUGUGGACAGGAGGGCCACUACACCAGAGAACUUCAGGAGGCAAGCGUAUAACAAGAACAGUAGUAGCAAUGAUGUGGUCGCUGUUGACAAGUCCAGUCCUUCCAAAUUGCCCACAAAGGAGGAAAUGUUCAAGGUUACCAAUCAGCACAAUCUCCGAGCUUCAGUUCCUAGUGCUGAGGUGGUUUCCCUCCCAUCUAACAGCCCUUCCUUGAGGGUGGCUGUGAACAGGUCAAGCCUGGUCAACCAGGAAGUCCAGCUGCUGGCCAGGGUAGCUAAAAUGCAGCAAGAGAUGCAUUCUGUGCUGGGCGAGGUAGUGGUCAAGAUCAAUCAGCUCCAUCAGGUUCAUCAGCAGAGCAUUCAGAUCAGGCCCCCUACUCAGGCUGAGCCUAGCGGCCUUCUCGUUAGAGACUGGGUUCUUGUGGCCAUUUUGCUUGUCUUCCAGACCAUUGCGCAGUGGUUCUUCGCCAAAUCCAGUUGAGAAGACCUCAUAGAGCCCUAAGGCCCAUGUCGUAUAGGUAUUUGUUGCACAAUAAGGACAUCACUUAGUAGCCUAUAUUAUAUAUUUAUGUAUACACACCUAUAUUUAUAUGUGUGUAUAUAUUUGAAAAUAAUAUAUUUGUACAUUCAUGUGUCACCUGUUGAAGACAGCCGUUGUACGAAUACUUGUAGAUACUCACUAAGCAGUAUUGUUUAUGUAUGUUAAACCAUACGUAAGUCUGCUUGAUUCAGAACCAAGUCAUAAUGAUGCUGCCAAUUGUUCUCAUUUAAUAAAUACAUGCUUCCCAUUAGAUAUCUAUAAUUGUGUUCAUCCUGUUGGCAUGGAAACAUUGUGCAAUAAUGCUAUUUAAUUUGAGAUUAUCUUCCUUCUCUGGAGAGUUGCAUCCCUUGCUUACCCAACACCAUGAUGUGGCGGCAUUGCAAGUUGUGAAACUAAUUUAUUAUUGAACCAUCAGUCGUUGAUUCUAGGGAAAGUUUUCUUUGGACAUAAUACAAGUUUGUUAUGCAGACAGCAAUAAUGUGUGUGUGUGUUUCAUUUCAUUUACUCUACAGAAUUGGUCUAUUCAAUUGUGUUCUAGAAGUCAAAUUGUUAUUUGUCAAAACCCAAGAUUUAUUAAAACUGAUUGACAUAUUUUGGUAUAAAUUAUCUGCAAUACUUAUUUAAUCAUGGAAUUUUAUUUGAAUUUUAACCUGAUUUGUUCACUGAAUAUGAAAAAAAAACGGCAUGAAAUUCCUUAACACUUCAUUUCUUUUGAUUAUCAGACCUCUAUUUCUUGAAACAUUUGUUAGGCCAGAAUUCAGCAAUCAAGAUAGUUUCAAUUAAAAUGUUGAUCCUCUAACGUUCCCUCAAGUUGUUUCCAUUCAAGGAAAUGUGAUCUAGUUGCUGUUAAUAAAGCAAAUCUCUUGGAUAUUUUGUGGCUGCAUUUCCACACUUUGUGUUACUUUCAUUUUGGUUUCUCAUUCUGUCAUUGCAAUUUUAGUUUUUUCAAAGAAUUGUGUUCCUGAUUCGUUUUUUUUUUCUGUUGUUAACAAUUUAGACUUUGUUUUAUUUAAUACAGACAUUAUUAAAAUAUGGUAACUAUAAAAAAACUAGUCAACACUCAAACUUGAUAUAGAUUUUAGUAGAUCUUGUUGCAAGUGUUCAGUUAGACAUACUUUUUAAUAAUUUUUUUUUAAAGCAAGAAUAUUACAACCUUAAAAUGAUUAAUUAAUUAAUAAUGCAACUACCAUAAUUUGAGUGAUUAAAACAAAAAUAGUUACCUUUCAACUGUAAUUUUAGAAUAUGACCAAAAGAAUUUUUUUUUUGUUAACUUAUCAUUUGUUUGUUAGACUUUAGGGACCAAGUGAAAGAAAUUGUUCAGUCAUGGUCAGAACUAUUCAGACAAUGUGUUUGCAUUUCAUUGUUUACAUUCUGACAUUUCUUGUGAAGGUGGCAGUGAGGUUGAGCACUUUGCAGGCAAAGACUAAAACCCAAUGUCAUUUUAUUUCUACACCAAGAUAGUGUCCAAUUUGAGUUCUGGAAGAACUGGAGGUGACUUUAUAUUUUUUUGGCACUAAAAGUGUUCUUGGACUAUUUGUAGAAAAACUAUGGAUGUGAAGCACUUAUACACUUUUUUAGUUUAUAUAACUUAAUAGAUUGACUUUAUUCUCUAGGCCAGUGAUGCCUAAAUUGUUACAAAGUUAAUUGGAUUGUACAUAGUUAAUUAAAGAAUUGUAAUUAAAAUAUUUUUAGCCAAAGAAAUCUGAGGAUGUAUGGACUUAAAUGCACCAUAGUUUUUGUCUGCUUUCAAGACUUUGUCCAUAUUUUUAUCUUGAAGUUGUCUGUCAUUAAAAAAAUAAAAACUCCAACACUGAUAGUACUUUACAAAAAUAAAUCGUAAGCAUUUGUUAGAUGGAUUCCAAACUUUCUGGAUUGGAUAUUUUGAGUAUAACUUUAAACCUUAGUGGCUCAUCUUGGCAGUAUUUCAGUGUUUUACUUCACAAAUCUUAGCCUUAAGUUUAGCAAUUAUCUAUCAGACUAAAGAGAAUCUGGUUUCACAGAGUGUCUAUACUGCAUGAAAACUUAGUACAGUAGAUGAAAAAAAAGAAAAUCAGCACAGAUAUAGCCAGUUCCUUUCUCUUAUUGAGAGGUCACUAGGAUGUCACUGUUUAGCGAUGUAUAUCUGUAGCCAUGUUAUAUGUACCCAAGAACAGUCUGUUUCCAUGGCUAAUGUACUCAAGUACUCUCUGAUCUCAUGAACAAUAUAUAAAAUAUGUAUAAUUUUAUAGCUAUACAUUUUAUUAUUAUAAAAUCAAAGGGACAAAGCUUAUUAAAGAGAAUAGGAAUUGUAUAAACAGAACAUUUCAGAGCAUUUCAUUUUGACUGAAUGUCUAUUGAUACCUCUCGAUUCCCUUAUGCAGAUUUUCAAAAUUGAAUUUAGCAUUAGAGAUGUAGUUCAAAUUUUGUUGUUGUGGGUGCUUAAUGCUACAGCUUAGAUGUACUUCUGAAAACUUCACUUGUAAUGUUAGCAGUGGGCUAGUGUUCAAAACCAAAAAAGAUAUAUAUGUUUAAAGACAUGCACAGAAGUGCAUUAUUAUUUUGUUCUUAUUUAUUCAAUAAGUGUUGAUGGCUGUGUUCAGUUAAGUCUGGGUAUUUCUUAGGAAUACCGUACAAAGACUUAGAUUCCUAUCCUAGAUCCUUGGUGUUCAGCUCAGUCUUCACCCUGUGUGUUUCUGUGUGUCUCUAGUCAGAAGGUCAUAUUGACAUUUUCUUUCCAUCAAGAAAGUAUGUUUUUUGUUUUGUUUUUUGUUUCUUUGAAAUGUGUGUCACUGCACCUUCUUUUAAUAUUCAACUGAAUAUUUAGAUAAUUCUAAAACUCAUAAUGUUUUUUUUUUUUGGGGGGGGGGGGGAUAUGUUUGUUUAAUGUGCUUGUUUCAUUUACAUAAUAAAAGUCUAGUUUUGUCUUGUUGAGAA